AUGAAGCGACAGAGCUCUGCAGGCGGGAAAGCAAAGGAGGUUCGCAGGGUCAAAACCUUCACAGGGUGCUGGACAUGUCGUUCUAGGAAAGUUAAGUGUGACUUAGGCAAACCAACCUGCCAGCGUUGUGAUAAAUCAGGGCUUGAGUGCGGCGGGUACGACAUAAAGCUGCGAUGGUCACAACCAAUCAGAUUCGAUAACUUCGGCCAAGUUGAUCCAAACACUUCAAGCUCGGCAUGUGCAGAUGAACCACAAUCACAGAGGCGUAAUGUUGGAUUCGUGACUUACAAAGAUGAAUAUGAGUUCUACGAAGACAUGGACGACGAGCUAUCAGAACUUCACUCUCCUUCAUUAGACAAAAUAGCCGACAAUAAGACUUGGAUUAUAAAGAAGUUUGGUGUCUUUCGCGGCACGGACAAAGUCAAAACCAAACACGUUCCACGGCGCAAGAAACGACGGAAGCAAGACCAGCAAUCGCGUUCUCCCAAAAUUCGGUCGGAGGUUUCAGGAGUCACAAGUUCUAAUAUGGGAGAUGAUACAGAGCUGCACUCCGCACAAAACAUUGCAAAUUUAUUUGAUUUCGACCUCUCAAUGAAUUUCAACGGAAAUGAAUGGAUUGCUAAUGAACUCCGAGACGAUGCCUUGCUGUCUGCAUCGGCAAUACAGGGAAUUCCCAUGGAUAGCCUUUUCGAUCGGCCCAAGAAUUUUAGCACUUCCUUGCCAGCUACCAGCGAAUCAUCAAAUACCUCAGCACCACGUUCAGAAGGUCCUUCAGUUCAAGAAAGUCAGGACAAACAGCGACAUAAUAGCCAGCAGACCGGUUCUGUUAAUGGAGCUGAUUUCUCUCAAAUUUAUAAGCUGUUAUUUCAUAGGGGUCCCGAUCUUCUUCGCACACAUAGGUCCAAUUCAGUUCCCACAGAUCAUCAGAGCACUCCACGUACAAUCGUGCCUCUCCAAAACAUAAUAUUAGUCGAUUCCUCCGGCCCCGAAGGUCACAUGCCUAAGGAAGUACUAGAGGUUGUUGAAUCUGAGGUUCCAGAACCUAGGAUAUUCAACGUCCCCAAUAAUAGUAAUCCUUUACUCACACUUCCCACUACAGGUCUCAAAGUUCAUGGGUUGACUAGAUUCCUGCUUAAUUACUAUUUGCAGAACGUAGUCGACCUUAUGACAGUUGUGGCUCUACCAACUAAUCCUUGGCGGACUAUCUAUUUCCCACGCGCAUCUCGGGCUUUAGGUGAUCUUGCUGGCGUCGGGUACACAUCUAAUUCUCGAAACUCACUCUUAAAUGCAAUUUUAGCAGUUUCAUGCUUCAACCUACAAAGUAAAUUUCCUAGGAACUCCCCCGAAAUGAGAUACUACGUUCAACUUGGGAUUGAACUCAGGGGCCAAGCCUCUGAUUUUCUGAAAAUUUGUCUCGAAUCCACUGCUAAACAAGAGCGAUACAAGGACAUCUUAACGGCAAUCCUGUCUAUGAAUUCCAUAGAUGUUGUCUGGGGCACUAUGGCAGAUUGUCAAUACCACCUGAUGCUCUGCGAAAACUUGGUGGAAGAGAGAAUGAAAACGAGGCCCAAGAUAUCCGGCAAAGCCAGAUCUCUUCAUAGGAUUUUUUCAUUCCUGAAAUUAAUACAGGACAGCACGGCCCUGGAUAAAGUGCAGGAAAAGGAAAUUGUUCUCGGAAAGAGCCAGUCCGAAAACUUGGAAGAGGAGCUUAACAGAGGUGAUCAAGAAGAAAUGGGCGAGUUUAAAGAAUCAUUAGACGAAGUCAACGGGAAAAUUCGCAUUGAAUUUGUGAAGCACGGGGGAGGAAGCGGUAGCACACCAAUUUUCACGAACAUUGCAAGCCAAACCUACUACUACCCAUCAAGCACAGCAGCAAACAACGACUUUUUAAGUACAGAUGCGCUUUACGGCCUACCGAACUCUAUCAUCCUACUCUUUUCUGACUGUGUAAGACUCGCCAGACAUCGAGAGUACUAUAGGAUGCGCAAGCUCGAUAUCCCUUCAUCUUACUAUGUGCUUUGUACUACAUUCGAGAAGAAACUCAUGGGUUGGAAAUCUGAAUGGAAUUUUUUUAAACCGGAUACCAGAGAUUUCUUGAACGAUACCGUUGAGGGGGUUUAUCACCAUACCAUUAGCUUUUACGAGGGCUUGAUUAUUUACCAUCAUACGAUGGUUCGAGGCCAAGGGCACAAGGGGGUUCAAAACAACGUGGGGAAAGUCUUGGAUCACCUUGAUAAACUCGCAGCUCUGAUACACGACAAAGGUGUCAAGAUUGUCCCACUUAUUUGGCAAGGAUUUAUAGCGGGUUGUGCAGCCAUUGACACCGGCUUGCAGUUGAAAUUUAAGGAGUGGGCUGCGAAACUAGCAAAUUCGGGAAUGGGUUCCUAUUGGGGUGCGAGGCAAAUCAUGUUUGAAGUAUGGAGAAGGCGUAUGAAUGGGGAACAUUGUGACAACUGGUUCGACGUUUACAGAGACUGGGAAAUGAAUUUGAUGCUUUCCUAA